UCUCUCUUGUCUGUCUCUCUUGUCUACUACACUACAACCAUCACUUACUGGAACAGGCACAGUGACAGACAGGGUCAGCUACAGACAAGCCACCUGCCUCACACAGCUAGAGUACAAAACCAAACCAGCAUACCUGAAAGAAGACUUUGAAACUUUGAAACAGACUUCAGAACUAUAGUGAGGUCGCAGGACUGGGAGUGAAGAAGAUGAUUUCAACUAUUAUAUUGAUGGUGUCUCUCUAUGGGCUCUCCCUGGCCCAAGGGGAAGGAAUGGAGAGGAUCCAGGACUGUAAAACAAGAUGCUCCAAGGGCCUCCAAUGCAAAAGUAAAACCCACUAUUCCUUUGCCCCGUGCAGGACACAGAAWGCAGGCCUCAACACCAGUGUUGUCUUCCACAAUGUCAGCCUGUCCACAGUGAUGAGGUGUGAGGGGAAACAGAAGUGCUCUCUUCACUUUCGAGUUCACACUGCUCUUCAGCUCAGUGAGCACAUCCAUGGUGUCUCCAUAUGCACUGUUACCGCAGGGAUGAUGUUGGAAAUCUGUACGCUCGUCAGCUUCCCCAGAGUAGCCAGAGAGAGACUGGAGGGACAGCAGUUGGAGGUUCAGAAUGACUGCUCUGAGGUGUGGCCAGGUCAAUACGUUCACGUCACUCUCAAGACAAAUCCAAGCUACUGUGGAGUCGCCUGGACAAGCACUUACCAAGUCCCAGAAUGUAACAGCAGAGAUCUUCGGAGUAACAUUCCAGAAUGCAUCACUGGGAGGCUAGUGUACACUGUGGACGCAGACAGAAAGGAGCUGGCUGUGUCUGUCUCAGACAUGUUGGAGGAUAAAGACUAUCACCUGAGACUGUGUCACAGAAAAGCCUACACCUGUAGAGACACAGGGGCCAACACACUGAUCAGAAAGGAGGAUGUGCUGAAGAAUACUACUCUGCAGUAUUCUACACCUAUGCCCUGUCUCUGUAUCGAGGGCUGGUCUGCCACCUCUGAUGCACCCAGAGUUCAAGUCUUUCCCUUCAGAGACCAUCUGGAGGAGUUGUGGUCCGGCAUUAACUUUGACCCGGUGGAGGAGUUGUUGUCAUGGGAACCGGUGUGUCCUGUUGCUGCGGUGAUCUCACUGUGCCAAAAACAAGGGGACGAUGAGUGUGACGAUCUGGCUGGUUCAUCACAGACUCUCAACAGUGAAAAGAUAACAUUCUCCACAGUGGAUCCACACCCACAGCUUUGCAUGAAGUUUACCACAGAUUCUGGAUCCUGGAUCCGGUGCCCCUUUGCAGAUGGGAAUUUCCAAGCUUGGGACCUGGGUGUCGACCAGAUGCGGCUGGUUUUAACGUCACGGGUCAGAGCACCCCUCUCUCUUCAUGUGUGUGUGAAGACGGGGACUUCUGCAUGCCACCCAGAACACACACUCCCUGUACAUGUGGAGAAAUCUGCUAAUCUCAACCUGACUGUGGACGUAUGCCUACCAAACACCUGUGUCCAGGUGAAGAGGCUUAACGUAAAGUAUGCUGUCACCAUCCUUCAUUGCCAUAUACGAUGCUUGGACCAAGCUGAUGCCCGUGGCCGUGCCCGUGCCCGUGCCCCUGCCAUGGUUGGGCAAACCGCGGCCUUGCAAGGCUACUUGGAGCUGAUCUGCGUAGUGGUGCCAGCUGUGGCCUGUCUCACUGCUGCUGUCAUAGUGGCAGCUCUAGUCGUCAAAGCCCUACUAACUGUUCAUCAGAGGAGGCACAGAAAGGGACGGCAUGGGGUCUGUACAUCGAAACAACAAACAGAAUCUCAUGCUGUUGCUGUUGACCGCGCCACCCCAGGACUCCAAGACCAGACUACUCUCCAUAAAGAGAUACCCAUACCUUACACCCUUCAGUUUGAAAACUGCGAAAGGGCUAACUUACUGCAGUUUUAACUUUGUCUUAGAUUUAGUCUUAAAUUAGAUUUUAGUUACAUUCUUGUCAUUUAAUCUUUUGUUAAUUUUUGUUAUUUUCAGUCAACGAAAACCCGGAACAAUUUCAGUCUAGUUUUAGUCACAUUUUAGUCUGCACAUUUUUUUCUACAUUUAAAUAAUUCAUAUUCAUAUUUACCUACAUGUGCACACUUAGCUCUCAAAAGCCCUUCUCUGUAGGAUAUUCAGCGGUUAAUUUCAGUCACGACUGGCUCCAUGUGAACUACAAUACUGCCGCUGUGUUUUAACUUUUAGAAACGUCAGUAAUCAUCAGAUGCAAAAUGGUUUUCGAAGCAUCUUUCAUAUCUGAGAGAAUUAUUCUUUCAAAUUAAAAAGAUACACUUACUUACCAAGAUUUGCACAGAUCCAUAAGCUGUGUGUCUCCAGCCGGCAAACUACACUUCCGCUACACUUCCUCCCCAGUUAUGCUUACACACAGGUAUUCGGAGCAUGCUAGAUAGCUUAUGAGCACAGAUGUUUGCCUAAGUCUUCCGUAAAACAAGUGCUGUAACUUUGAGAUAUGGCCGUGUGGGAGCACCAAUCUUAACCCUAUAAAGGUGUGUAGUAAUUUAACCCUCAGUUUAAAAAAAAAAUCUCACUGAUAUGAAAGAUUCCUCAUGUUUCUAAAACCUUACCGCAAGCGAUGCGUGUCAACGUUCAGAGCGAGCCCCAGGAAAAAGAUACUAUCAUGAAUAUGCGCUAAAGGUAGUUAGCGUUUUUGAAUGGACUCAGAUAGCCUUGUCCAACUAGGCCUACUAUCGCUUUGUAGGCUAUACCUUAGCUGGAAACAUUAUAACCAAUGCCAGCCAUAAUUUAAGGAUAUAAAGCCUACAGGUUAAGCAAUUUAGAUCAGAUUUUCUCCACAUAAUAACCAUCAGAGUUGGUUAAAUAACAGUGCUUUCCUUGAAAAUAGGAGAAUAUGAGCUCUCCCACAAUGCCAGAAGUAUUACUAUACUCCUAAUAUUCAGCAAAAAUCAUUCGUUUUCCCAAUUGGAAAAAGCAACUGCAACUCGCUAUUGCCAACACAGAUUAAUAAAAGCGCACAUGGGACAAUAGAGCUUCUGAUGUGAUCAGAGCAAAAAUGACCUAACUGAAAGCAAAGAUUUAAAAUACAUUAUUGUUUCUAAUUGAGGUUAAUUUGUUACAAUUUAUGUAUCCUGUCUGCGCAUCAGCUCAAAAGAGAGACCAAGAUUAGUGAUUAAAGUGACUUGGGAGCUGUGUUUGUGGGAGAGCCAGAUCAAUACAACCAGCCCAUGCAACAGAAAGAUGUUAUCGGCUAAUGAGAGGAUUGCAUUAUAUAUUCUGCACAGGGAUGCAUGCUUAUAAUUGGACAAAACAGAUUUAAAGGAGUUUCAUGUGAAAUUGAAUGUCCAUUUUCGUCAACUAAAAUGAAAAGUAAUUGGUAAUAGUUAUAGUUUUUUACAGAGCAUUUCAUCUCAUCAUUAGUUUCAUCAGGAAAAAUAGGUUGUUGACUACGGAGAGUUCAAAAAUGCAAUGCUUAAAUGCUAAAUAGGAAUGUGAAAAUUAUAAAUACAUUUUUAUUUUCAUAUCAGUGUGCAUAAUUCAUACCACAAUUGAAUUACAAAGUUAAAAUGAAAAUAGAAAAUGAUUAAAUGAAAAUUGGAAAUGGUAAACAGAAAUUCUAAAUAAAUCGCUAAAUGGAAAAAGACAAAUGGUAAACAGAAAACCAUAAAUUAAAAUUGCAUAGUGUCUGUUUUCAUUUUCCAACUACUCAAUUAAACAUUUUCUCUUUUAAAUUAGAAUUUUCAUUGUGUAUGCAAAUUUCUCAUUGGAGGCAUGAGCCAGGAGAGCAACACCACACCCCCAUACAGUAGUACAUCCAAGCCAUACCGGGCUCUCUGUACAUUGACUUUAGACUAGUGUAACCAACACACAGCGUGCGAAAUGACCCAGGUCUCCUGCGCACCAGAAAAGUAUAGACCUGCUAAGCUGAAGCCUAGGCAUUGACUCAGGGAGCGAAUGCAACUCUUCAGGUCUCAGUCAAGGUUAGACCUACUCAUCAUGCAUGUGUGUUAACGGAACCAUCUCAGUUACAAUUCACCAUCCUUUGAACUCCUCAGAGACCCUUCUGAGCGAUGGCACAAAUAUGACUGACAGGGUUCGAACAAGGGUGUUUUGCACAACAGAAGAGCGCAUUGAGUAUGAUGGCGCCGACAGAGAUGGUCGCCUCGCUUCAGGUCCUUAGGAAAACUAUGCAGUAAUUUGUU